UCAACCUCAACCUCAUCAACCUCAUGACCUCAACUAACUCAAUAAUACAGUGGCAGCAAUUGGCACAAUUAUCACAGAAAAUCCCAUGAGAAUCGACUUGUAUGGCCUAAGGUAAACUCAGGAGUUCAGACUUGUUUUCUUGCGGCCAUUUACUCUUCAUCAAUACAUGAGGGGGUUGGAUUUGUGAUUACAAAUUGAAAUGCAAGGGCGGGGUUGCUGGAAGUGCAGGCUGCAGAGAAGGGAUAGUGAGCUAAAGGCAGUGACGGCCGAUGAGAAGCUAGCUCAAAACAAACACAGCCAUGCCGACGUGCACCCGCACCAACAUAUUUGGUGUGCAGGACCGUUUCCAGUGUCCGGAGCGGGGCGGUGACCCGCGCGACCGCUACUGCUGCGGCACGCGCAAGGACCGCCACUGCUGCGCCACCGACCCUCUGGACGCCCUGUCCGGGGGCGGCGGGUUCGGCAGUUUCGGCGGCGGCGGCGGUAGCUCUGGCGGGGGCAGCUAUGGCGGAGGCGGCGGCGGCGGGUCCAUCGGGGGCGGCGGCGGCAGCGGCAGUUACGGAGGCGGAGGUGGCAGCAGUAGCGGCGGGUACUCCGGAGGCGGAGGAAGCAGCGGGAGAGGCGGCAUGCGCUCCAACCAGAAGGAUGCGGAGCUCGGCGCCGGCCUCGGCAGUGGCUUCUCUCUGCUGCUGCUGGCACUCUGCUGCCUCUGCUGUCUCCGCUGUCCGUUCUGUCCCAUCAACAAGAUGAGAAAACGCCGAUCGCAGGGCCGACGCGGCUCCGGCAGCAACGGAGCGCCUGACGUUCCCAUGGGCCGUGUCGACCCGCCGCCACCGCAGCCGCCCAGUUUCCCGCAGCCAGACAGCAGCGGCGGCGGCUACCCUGGUGGCGGUGGAGGUUACCCUGGCGGCGGUGGCGGUGGUUACCCAGGUGGCGGCGGUGGCUACCCUCAGCCGACCAACGGUGGCGGUGGCUACCCCGGAGGCGGCGGCGGCGGCUACCCUGGAAGCGGCGGCGGUGGCUACCCUGGCAGUGGCGGCGGCGGCUACCCUGGAAGCGGCGGCGGUGGCUACCCUGGCAGUGGCGGAGGAGGCGGCGGCUACCCUGGCAGUGGUGGAGGAGGCGGUGGCUACCCUGGUAGCGGCGGCGGUGGUGGCGGCGGCUACCCUCCUCAGCCCCAGCCGUCGCAGCCCGCCCCACCGGGCUGGGCCGACCCCUCAGCUCCGUCUGCCCCUGGCAGCGGCGGUGGAGGCUGGGCGCCGCCCGGAAUACCAACGCCGGCAUCGGGAGGCGGCGGCUGGAACGCGCCGUCCCCGGCCGCCCCCGCCCCCGCCCCCGCCUCGACCGGCGGCGGCGGCGGCGACUGGAGGAGCGACAUAGACAAAAUGAUGGGCUUCGGAGAUCCUGGCGAAAAGAAAGGCGACAAGCCACCGCCGUACAAUCCCAACUACUAGAGCGGGCCUCGUUCAUGCCAUCUAGUGAGCGUCAACGCCAACUGUAAUGCCGCUGCUUCCCACCGCUUGGCUCGCCACGCCAGUCGCAACACUCUACAAUGCCUGUCACGGUCAGCCCCAGCUCAACUGCUUCCCUCAGUACGUAAUCUUUGACUGAAGGACGGCACGGCAUCGCGGGGAACUCAGUCAGCUCUGUCACUGAUGGAGCAGCUGUGCAAUGUGUUCAUCUUCCAUGCACCAUUCGUGAGAUGCUAGGAUACUACUUAGGAGCAGAGUGCUACCUUCACGGCACCACUCGGGAAAUGCUAGGGCAGAGUGCUAGGCUGAGUGUCAGCAGUAGGUAGGCGCGGCUUACGGGGCUGGUGCUCGGGUUAAUGUCUGUCGAUAGGGCCGCGUUGGGGUCAGGCUGGCGCUCACUAAUGUCACAAUACUGCCUGAAGUGGAAGACCGAUAGUAUUCGGGCUGAUGUGAUUGCAAUCGAAGACUUCGAGAAGAUCGGCUGGUCUGCUGCACGCCUAGUUUGCUUUAUUAGCUUCCCCGCUUUCUAUUCACGAACCGUGCUCCAGUCUGCACUGGCUCUAUGACCUGCCCCCUCACAAUCGCACUUCUCUGGCCUCUGGGUAAUGGCUUGCCCAGCUUUUUUUUACUUUUUUGUCAGUAUUUACCUGCAUAAGGCCCGGCCAAGGUGCGCUGGACCGAUGGUUGGGCGUUGAUUGUGCUUGGGGACGAGAAGGACAUUGCGCCUGGCUGUCGCGGGUGCUCGAGACUUAUGUGAAGUAAUUUCAGAGUUGAUACCUCGUCGCCGUGCUAGCUUUCUUUUACCAAGAAAGACAGAGACGGGGAGUGCCCUACUCGUAUGAGAAUCUCCGCUGGAAAUCAAAAUAUCGUAUGUUUUUCUCAGCUUGGUGCUUGCUAUAGCUACUGGACCUCCCUUCUACCUUCCUUGUGUGGAUUCAACAGCUGACUUCGUCUCAAAGAUAGCUGUGGUCUCUAACAUUGCGGAAAUAUACUCCGCGUGCACUGACGUCGCAUGGCCACGGCAUGGUUUUGCUGGUUAAGUUAAGUCCAAUAAGUUUUUUUUCGCAUAUGAGAGCGGGAAUUAACAACUGAAGACGUGCGUAGUGAUGGCUUAUGUGGGGGUUUAUCCAGGUACCUGAGCCGGACGCUGGUCGUUGACAACCAUUUAGACACCCUUCUCUGUGUUUGUGGUAGGGCGUCGCGUCAUGUUGUGUGGAGGGAUUUAGAUAUGCUAUAUUGAAGUUGACACCCUUCGUUGGAUGCAUGUGUUUUCUUAGCUCGGAGAUUUAUUUCGCCUUUGCUUGACAUCUCAGGAAUCUUCGUUGGUCUUAUUGAGAAUAGUCCUCAAAUUCGACGUUGCACGACUCAAUUUCUUUCUAUGGCACUGAAAAUGAUACGGAAAAGUCGUGCAUGCGAUGGGCGCGUUGGUUUGCAAUGUUCCUGAAAAAAAAGCGUAGAGCUGCCUUGUCAAACUCUGUGAAAGCCGCGGAGUAUAGUUGUGAGCGAAGUGCGGAGCAUCCACUGCUUCGUAGCUUGGCGUGUCGUCCCUUUGUGUCAUGUGCAUGCGCCGACUGUAGAUUUAGUAGUUGACGUGCGUCGACUUUAAAUGUUUCACCCGUGGACUCUCAUAGGUGUUCUGACUUAUUUCGCCUGAUAGUUACUAAUUGUGGCCUGUGGGUGACCUGCUAGUUUCAGGAGAUAUUUUACAGAUGACUGGUGUUGGCACGUCCCAUUAGCUAGGUU